AUGUCUCCUACAGAGUUAUCCAAGCUUAAGAAACAGUUAGAGGAGUUGUUGGAGAAGCGGUUUGUGAGACCGAGUGUGUCUCCAUGGGGAACACUAGUGUUGUUAGUGAAGAAGAAAGAUGGGACCAUGAGGGACCGACAACUCUAUGCUAAGUUGUCCAAGUGUGAGUUUUGGUUAGAGAAAGUUAGUUACCUAGGGCAUGUGAUAUCUCAAGGGGGCAUAACUGUAGAUCCAUCUAAGAUAGAAGUCAUUCUUGAGUGGGAGAGUCCUAAAUCUGUUUUUGAGAUUAGGAGUUUUCUGGGUUUAGCAGGAUACUACCGGAGAUUCAUAGAAGGUUUCUCCAAGUUAGCUUUGCCUUUGACUAGACUGACUCGUAAGGGUCAAGCUUUUGUGUGGGACACCCAAUGUGAGCAUAAUUUUCAGACCCUUAAGGAAAGAUUGAUGACCGCUCCAGUGCUAGUUUUGCCUAACCCGAGGGAACCCUUUUGA